AUGUUUCACAAGAUUAUACAGAAGCCCACAGGGGAAGAACCUUUUCAGCGUGAAUUGUUGGGUAAGUCUCUCCGGACCUCACUCUUCGGCCUUAACGAAGCUUACAUUGACAUCGAUUAUAUUGUGAAGCGCGUUGAGGAUGGCUUGCCUGACUUUAUCGCCCCUCACGAACUCAUAGAGCUCACUUCAGAAGUGGUGGCGUCUCUUGUGACCCGCCACCCUGACCACUCUCUCUUGGCUGCCAGAUACACUGUACUGCGACUCCACUCCCGACUCGGAUCCCCAUCCUUCACCGAUAAUCUAUUGGCGUUACGGGACUAUAAAAGCCACAAAACGCUGCGAGCGGCACCAUUGAUCGAUGCUGCGGUCUACAAAACUGCGUACGCACACCGCAUACGCCUUAACGCGGCACUCGACUUGCAGCGUGACUUUCAGCUCUCAUACUUUGGCUACAAGACCCUAGAAAGGGCGUAUUUAUUGAAGUGUGACAACGUAAUUGCGGAGCUGCCGCAGUACUUGUUCAUGCGUGUCGCUUUAGGUAUCCACGGCGGUGACAUUGACAGAGUUAUCGAGACGUACGACCUCAUGUCUGAAAAGUACUUUAUUCACGCUUCCCCAACAUUGUUUAACGCAGGAACGCCGAACCCUUACCUCUCCUCCUGCUUUUUACUAGCCAUGAAUGACGAUUCUAUCGACGGGAUCUACAGAACCUUGCAUCAAUCGGCACUUAUCUCCAAGGCUGCAGGGGGUGUCGGAAUGCAUGUGCAUAACAUUAGAGGCCUGGGCUCAUACAUAGCGGGCUCCAAUGGUACCUCCAGUGGGCUCGUGCCCAUGUUGCGGGUGUUCAACAACACCGCACGGUAUGUAGACCAAGGGGGGAACAAGCGGCCGGGGGCGUUUGCGGUCUACCUUGAGCCAUGGCACAACGAUGUCUUUGAGUUCCUCGACUUGCGGAAGAAUCACGGCAAGGAAGAGGUGCGUGCGCGCGAUUUGUUCUACGCCUUGUGGAUUCCUGACCUCUUCAUGGAGCGGGUGGAGCAGAACGGUGACUGGUCUUUGUUUUCACCCGACGAGGCCCCAGGGCUCAGCGACGCGGUGGGAGAAGUGUUUGUGGCGCUCUAUGAGAAGUACGAGGCGCAGGGUCUUGCCAACCAAACAGUCAAGGCCCAGCGUUUGUGGUACGCCAUUUUGGAGUCGCAAUCCGAAACUGGUGGCCCGUUCAUGCUCUACAAGGAUGCCUGCAACUUGAAAUCGAACCAGCAGAACUUGGGCACGAUCAAGUCGUCAAACUUGUGCUGCGAGAUUGUGGAAUACUCCGCCCCGGAUGAGACAGCCGUGUGUAACCUCGCCUCUUUGGCGUUGCCGUCUUAUAUCAAGUCAGACAACGACUCGAAGUGGUAUGAUUUUGCGAAGUUACAUGCGGUGGCUCGGGUGGUGGUGCGAAACUUGGAUAAGGUGAUCGAUGUAGGGGCGUAUCCGACGCCUGAAGCCGAGCGCUCUAACAAGAGACAUCGCCCGAUUGCGGUGGGGGUGCAAGGCUUGGCUGAUUGCUUCAUGGAUUUGCGGCUCCCGUUUGACUCUUCCGAAGCGAAAAUGUUGAAUCGUCAGAUCUUUGAGACAAUCUACCACGCCGCAGUGGAGGAGUCAGUGGCCCUAGCUAGAGAGAAAGGGGCGUACGAUACCUAUGCAGGUUCGCCCGCAUCCGAGGGAAAGCUCCAGUUUGACUUGUGGAAGAUAAACCCGUCAAAGAUGUACGACUGGGAUGUCUUAAAGCGAAAGAUGGCAAAGUACGGCUUACGAAACUCCCUCUUGGUGGCGCCAAUGCCCACGGCCUCUACGUCACAAAUAUUGGGAUUUAGUGAGUGUUUUGAGCCUAUCACGUCCAACAUCUACAGUCGACGUGUGUUGAGCGGUGAGUUCCAAGUGGUUAACAAGUAUUUGAUGACGGACUUGAUCGACUUGGGCCUCUGGAGCGAUGAUAUGAAGAAUUUGAUCAUCAAGCACGAGGGGUCCAUUGCAAACAUCCCUAGCAUUCCCGAUGACUUGAAGCAGCUCUACAAAACGGUAUGGGAAAUUUCACAGAAGGUAAUAAUUGAUCUUGCUGCCGACCGAGCCCCGUUUAUCGACCAGUCGCAGAGCAUGAGCUUAUACUUGAAACAGCCUACAAUGAGUAAGUUGACCUCCAUGCACUUCUACGCCUGGAAGAAGGGUUUGAAGACCGGGAUGUAUUACUUGCGCACCCAGGCCGCCUCCAAGGCCAUCCAGUACACCAUCAGCGUCCAGAACGCCGACAUUAAGUUCGAAGGAAAAACUGGAUUGUUGAAGAGAAAGCGGUAUCAAAGGUACGUAACAAGCGAGCCUGGCUUGAAAAAACCAAAGGGCGAACCAAAUGAGGACCCAACCUUGCUGGACUCUCCGUCCGAAGAAUUUGACUGCAACACCCCUACGAACAGGUUGAGUGAGGCCCCUCUCCACGAGGAGGAGGAUCAGAAGUAUGACAUUUUUGAUGGAACUCCUCUUCAGUGUAACAUUGCCGAUCCAAAAAACUGCGACUCGUGUUCUGGAUAG